GUCAUAUGUGUGUGUGUUUGUUCAUGGGAAAUGGGAGGGUAGAAACUCCUGUUCGAUCAGGACUUUCUCAGGACUAUUGCCCACAUAGUCCUGAGCAGCAGAGCUGAAAAGGCACAUCUCCCAUCUGCAGACUUCACACAGAAGAUUCUCCAGAAGACGAUAAGGUCCCAGGAGCAACCUCCCCCGUUCAGCUCCUGUGCACACCGCCACCGCCGCUGAGAACAUGACCUUCAACCACUCGCUAGACUUCUUGAACGGCACGCCAUGGUACGUCGUCGAGUGCACCCUCCAGCUCAACACGACAUCCCGGCGCAUCGCCCUCUUCCUGAUGUACCUAUUCAUCUUCAUGGUGGGCCUGAUGGAGAACACGCUGGUCGUCUGGGUCAACUGGCGCCGAAGGCAUUCCUCCAAUGGGGUCCUCUUCUGCAUCAUCAACGUGAGCCUGUCGGACCUGAUGGUGAUCAUGAUCCUUCCUUUCUUCAUGAUGGAGGUAACCCUGGACCAGGUCUGGCUGUGGGGUCGCUUUCUCUGCAAGGUCACCCACCUCAUCUACGUGAUCAACUUCUACAGCAGCUCCUUCUUCCUGGCCUUUAUGACCCUUGAGCGCUAUUUCUCACUGUCAAGACCGUCAUCGUCAAGCUUCUUCCCUGCGGGAGGCCGGAAGCGGUGGGUGGUCUGUGGGGGCCUCUGGGGGCUCUCCUUGUUUCUGGCUCUGUUGGAGAACGUCCAUGUGGAUCUUCUGGAGUGGGACGAGCCAGGUUGUUACAUGCUGCCUGAAUACAGCUACACCGAAUGGUUCGUCACAGUGUCUUUCUUGUGCCUGGUCUUCCAGUUCCUGGGCCCGGCUGCUGUCAUCAUCACCUGCAACGUACUGAUCGCUCGUGCAGCCAAAAGGGCGACAGAUGUGCAGAACCGACGGGAUGUUUGGCUGGUGCACGUGUACUCCCUGGUGUUUGUAAUGUGCUGGCUUCCCUACCACUUGGUCACGUUCUUGAUGAUAAUAGACGACCUUGACCCCUAUGUAUUCAGCUGCAACAUGGUGGAAGUGCUCUACUUCUCUUUUAGCGUGGUGCAGUGCAUUUCGCUUUUGCACUGUGUUGCCAACCCCUUCCUCUACAAUUUCCUCAGCAAGAGCUUUCGGAACAACCUGAUCAACACCAUGUUGAACUACAUUCCCAGAGAGGGGACUGCAGAACAGGUGGGACCCAGAGCCAACGCCAAAACUGCAAAUGAGGGCGGUAGAGACCCGGGGAAGCUGAGUAACGCCAGCACCAGCCAUUCUGAUGUUGGAUCAUAAGAAGGAAGCUGAGCUAAGGAUCAAGUAAGCUUCAGUCGCAGUAUAUUUGACUGAAUAAAUUCAGCCCUGUCGCUUCCAGUACCACAGGCAUUGAUCGGGCUCAUACCUUCCUCUCGUAGUCCACUUCCUGUUUUGUUAAGCAUGUACCUGAUCAGAGUGUCACACACAGGGGGGCAGGAAAUGUUUGAUGUCUUCCUGCAAAACUGCUCAACUCACACAGGAACUCGAGGCACAGUGAAUGUUCCAGGAAUUCGUGUCAACAAAAUGUGCUGCAGUGCCCCACAGGAGAAAUCCUCAUAUCAGUAUACACAAAUGCAAAUGUGAAAAUGUAACUGUUUUAUUGCAUAGAAAUCAAAGCUUAAUGUUACUAAAUGCUUAUUUAUCUGGAUGCUGAUGUAGUCAUGUCUGUAAAACAAAACAAAAACACCCAAUAAAACUCCCUUAAACGCUGCUUGUUUCGAUCUGA